CACCACCUCCUCCUCGCAGCCAUGCCGCUCUUCGGCGCCGCCUCCGGCCCGCCGUCGCCCACGUACAGCGCCGCAUCGACGCGCGCCUCCUUCGAUGCCGCCGCCGCGCCCGCCUUCGCCGGCCCGCUCAUCACGCGCUCCGCCCUGCGCGCCUCGCUCGGCGCGUACGAGGAGCUGCUGGGCGCGGCAAAGGCCUACACGGCCGCCACGCUGGCCAUGAGUGCCGCGUCGGCGGCGCUGGCCGGCGCACUCGAGGGCGCCGCGCGCAUCAAGGGCGCACAUGCCGUGGGCAGCGAGCUGCAGGCCGCCGCCGGCCUGCACCACCUCCUCGCCAACAGCCAGAGCCUCGUGGCCGACGUGCUGUGGCGCGACGUCUCCAUCCCGCUCCUCGAGCGCUUCGACGCCUACCGCGCCGCCACGACGGAGCGCCAGCUGGGCUACGAGGCCGACAUCCGCGCCAUGUCGCAGCGCCUCAAGGCGACCGAGGAGCGCAACCUGCGCACCAAGCGCAAGAAGGAGCGCGACCUCGCCUCGUUCAAGCUGGCGCUGCGCGAGCUGCAGGAGCAGGUCGAGGCGCUCGACGAGAUCAAGCGGCAGCACUACGUCGAGGUGCGCGAGGCAGAGGAGGAGGUCUGGGCCGAAAUCACGGGCAAGGUCUCGCAUCUGCUGCGCACGCAGCUCGACCUUCACGAGCGCAUCUCGUCCAAGGGCGAGUCGGACCCCGUCAUCGAGAGCAUGAUCGCCACGGUGCCCGAUCCCUUCUCGGCGUACGGCGCGCCCGCCUCGGCGGGCGAGGGCCAGAUGUUCAGCGUGCUGGCGCCCGGCUCGCUGGGCCUGCUCUCGCCCGAGCCUUCGACGCCGGCGCUGGGCCUGAGCCGACAGGGCGUCACGCCGUCGGCGCACGGCCUCGGCAUCGACGAAGAGGCGCCGCAGCACCGCAGAGCGGCGCCGCUCCUGCCGAUGAGCGCAUCCUCUGGCGCUCUCUUCGGCAGCGAUGAGUCGCAAGACGACAUUUUCAACGCCUCCAGCUCCUCUGCCGCCUCCGCGUCUGGCUCCGGCUCCAGCUCUGCCGCCGCCGCCGCUUCGCAGCAGCGCGACCCCGCCGCGCUGAGCACGACGGUCAGCCAGCGCCUCAAGCACGCGCUGAGCAUCAUCGACGAGCAUGCGGCGCGUGCGGCGCGCGGCGCCACGCCGGAGCCGCACGACGAGGAGACUGCGUCGUGGGCGCAGACGGCCGAGGAGGUGGCGCAGCGACGACAGAGUCGGCACUUUGACGCCGAGCUCGAGCUGGAGGCCGAGGCGGCCGUGCAGCAGCUGCAGAUGGAGCGCGAGGAGCUGCUCGAGGAGGACAGACUCGAGGCGGACGCGGAGGCCGAUGACUCGACGGAGGUGCGCGCGGAGCAGGAGACGGACACGGCGGACACUAGCGUGGAGGAACAGCAACUGGCUGAUGCGAACAAGGCAUGAUCCACCUCCCGCCACGCCCACGACACCUUGACUUCGCUCGCUGCCCCACGAUUCGACAUACCACCUCGCGCUCGCAUUCGCAGAUACCCUUCAUUCACGACGAGACACGACAAGCACUGGCGCUCUAAUCUGAUCUGAUACACGAUGAGGCCUUCUUUGCAAAAGGACACGUGGCGACGGGGUCUGGAGGGCAGAGCGACUGGAGGGGCGGAGCGUCGGGAGGCAGAGCGACUGGAAGACAGUGCGUGAGUCGACUGCGUUGCAAGGGCACGACGACGAGCACGCACGGUCUCAGAUAGGCCUCGACAGCUUGACCCACUGCUCCCACACCGCUCGAGGGGUGCGCUGCGUCUCCACCUUCUGCGAGAAGCGCGCAAAGAGCGUCUCCUUGGUCACGAG